GUGAGCCCAGGCAGGGAAGUGUUCCUGAUUUACCCCAGCCUGGGAAAAGCAGGUCACUCUGGCUGGAGAGGGAGCAGCUGUGAAGGAAGGAUGGGAAGGAUGCUGCGAGCAGCUGUGCUCCUGAGUUCCUUUCUCCACUGCAGCGCUUUUCUGGACCUGAGUGGCCUCAGUGAAAUCAAAGGGGUCUGGAAGGACUCUGUCACUCUGCCUUGUGCCUAUGUGCCUGUGGAGGACCUCGUGCAGCAAACUCUCACCUGGACUGUGGUACAUGACGAGGGUUCAGGCACCAUCUUCCGGAGGGAUGACUCCGGGGACCACGUCCUCCUGGCUGAGUACAGGGACAGAGUCAGCAUCCCAAAGGAUGCCCCAGGAAAUGUGUCUCUUCUCAUCCUGAGCCUGGAAAUCUCUGACAGAGGAACCUACACUUGCCAGGUCACCUGGAGAGACAGCAACAACAGCCUGAUAGCAAAGGAGAUCACCACCAGUUUGGAGGUUGUUAAAGUGGCAGCCACCAAGCCCAUCAUCAGAGCUGCAGGCCCGGGGCUGACGCUGCCGGCCGGAGCCAGCACCAGGCUGAGCUGCGAGGCCGGCGGCUCCCCUCCCAUCAGCUACCGCUGGUUCCGGGCGGGCAGAGCCGAGCCCCUGAGCAGCGGGGCCGAGCUGGCCUGGCCCAGCCUGCGGCCCUCGGACAGCGGCACGUACUUCUGCGAGGCGCACAACAGGGCUGGGGCCGGCGCCGCGCAGCGCAGCGAUGCCGUGCAGCUGACGGUGACAGAUCUGCCCACAACAACUGUGGCCUUGCAGAGGAAUGUGGGAACCACGGGGGGACACCACUCAACCACAGAAAAACCUCAAACAGAGCUGGUGCCUGCAGGUACCUCAGGAAUCUCCUGGACUCCAUGGGGCCCCACCACUACUGCAGAUCUGCCCAUAACAGCAACAACUUCUGAGAGUGGUGUGGGAUAUCCAGGGAAGAAUGAAACGAUUCGUGAUUUCCAGAGGACUGGCUUGUCCCUGUACCUGGUCGUCCUGAUUGCUGUGGUGUGUGGUGCUGUGGUUUUCCUUGUCAUCUCUCUCAUCACGUGCAUGAGGAAGCCCAGAGACACUCAAGUCUAUGAUGUAAAACUCCACAACUUGAGAGCAGCAGCUUCUUCAAGCACAGGUCACUAUGAGGAACCCAUCUCUGCCACUGAAAACAGCUAUGUGAUGGAGCUUGGGGAAAACAAAGUCUCUCAAGAAGUAAAUAAGAAUGUGUCUGGCUGUGUUGCAAAUCCCCAGGAAUCUGAGUAUGAAGUAGGGGACACUUCCUGAGAACCAACAAUGCUCUGCAGAUACCAGUCCUGAGGAGCACCUUCACCCAGACAAAAUACAUAUUUAUUUUCCCUUUUGCCCCUGAUAAAUAGGUUGCACAAGCAGUGGUUGCUCUCCCUUCACAGUCCCUGCAGUGAAAAUGCAGGAACUUCAGUUAUAGACUGCUGUAUAGAAUUUCUGAUUUUGUUUUCCUCGAUUCCCUUUCACCACCUCUAUCCAAGAAAGCCCUUUGAAUGCUGCAGCAGGCAGGUCCCAGGCUAGGAGCACUGUACUGAAUUUACUGCUGUAUCUGGCCAAAAAAACCAGUGUUUCCAGCCUUUGUGUGGUGGGAGGAGAGCCAGCACUGAGGGCUGCUCAGCAUCCCCCUCCCCGUGGGUGAGCAGGGCAGGAUGUGGCUGGCUUGGGAAUCAACGGCUCUUCUCCUGCCCACCUGAUGCUGCACAGAUUUAAUAGGAGAGAGAUUUUAUAGGAACACUGGAAGGCAGAUUAAAGCCAAGAGAAACUCAGGAACCUGCCACACCAGGAGAAGCAGUGCAGGAAGCAGGAAUGUCCCCUGCUGUCCUUGUGCUGUCCUUGGUCCCCCUCCACAGCACUGCAGCGAGGUCUGGGCACACUGGCCACGGCUCUGGCUGCUUCUGGUACUGCAACCAGGCACUUUCUGAGCUCGUGUUUUCUGCUCUCUCUUUAAAUGCAUGAUGGCUGUUUGAAAGGAAUUAGGUACUUUUCCAUAAGUUUGGGGUAGGAUUGCUUACACGUGCCUCACGUGUUUUGCUGUGUGCAUUUCUGCACUAAUUUUUCAUUUUGGAAUGCCAGCAAGCCACUCACAGCCCCUCACUAGAUACUCAAGAAGUACUUUCCUUCCACCUUAGGAACCCUGAAGGGGUAAAUUAUGAAUAAUUUCUACUGCUCUGAGUAAAUCUAUUAUGCAGAGUUAUGGAGGAACCUUUUUAUAAUGAGCAGGGCAAUCCUCUGUGUCCCAUUAAAGGCCAUGCAGGCAGUUGUAAAACAGAGGGAGUGACCCAGGGAUGAGCAAAACAGUGGUAAUAGGCACAGGAUUAAUGGGCCCCCAGCUGUGCAUCUGCAGGCCUCUAAGCAUCAGUUCAAAACUCACCAGAAUUCAAAGGGAAUGUGAGGUGCUAAUGGAAAGGUAUUCCAGUCAAAAACCAGGAUUGUGGUACUGUGAAGCCCAUGGAAUGUCACUACCUGACCUGUGCAUGUUGGCCUCAUCUUGGGUUUAGCAGAGCAAGAAAAGUUACUGAGAAUGAUUGCAAAGAAUAAUUAUUGGUACAAAAAGACAUCUGUGCAAACAGUCUCAGAAAAAAGAGAAGAAGCAAAUAAGCAAAGUGUGCCUGUGGGGGUCAGAGCUGAGAAGGUGAAGGGGUUACAGCUUGUUUACAGCUUCUCUGAAAAGGAUGCAGAAAUUAGUGAUAAUUAUCUGGUAGCACUUUCAAAGGGCAAGGAAAAGUACUUCUUUGUAUGUAACACAGAAAUAAAUGUGUAACACAGUGCUGCUCACCCAGGGCUGACAGCCAGACAUCUAAUGGGAAAUUAGAGGAAUUAAUGAUUUGAAAGUUCAUCAGAAUGCACAAACUACCAGGCACACUCUCCAGGCACUUAUCUCUGACCUUAUACUUUCUCCUGUGCUACAAGUUAUAUUUCUCUUUGUUAAGAAUGUACUUAAAAAUCAAGGGCUGGGACAUCUUGAUAUCUGAAUGAAAAGGGAAUACAUGGCAGCUGCUGGUGCUGUCAUGGAGAAAACUGCCAACAUGUACAUGCAGCUUAUUGCAGAUGUGGAGAAAAUAGGUGUGAGUGUGUGUUCUGCAUGUGUGAGGUCAGAGGGGGUGGGAAGGAAAUGUGGCAGGUGCUGGAGCACAGCCCAUCCAUCUGAGCUCAGCCUGACUGCUGUGGCCUCUGGAGGGGGGAUAUGGCCACCUGGAUUGACCUGCAGGGCUCUUCAUCUGAGGGGUCUGACGUGGCCAGAGCUCCAGCCAGAGGAGCAGGGAGCACUGAGGGAAGGCAGAGAUCCAGAGAUGAAGGGUGUCCCACUGAGGAACAGGGUGGUCAGUCACACUGGGUCUGAGCUCUCACUGCUGGAACCCCACGGGUAAGGGCUGCAAGGAAUCCCACAGCUUGCCCCAAAAUCACUCAAUUCCAGCUGCACUGCAAAGCCACAGGCAAUGCAGCCCCCCCAAUGUGGUUAAACAGCAAUGUUAUCCUGGCUGGACAGCCAGCACCAGGAGCUGAUGAUAUUAAAUACAGCUGUUGUAAGGCAAGCUCAUUAAACUGAAAAUA